AUUUUAAAAUCUAUUUUUUGAGAAGCCAGAAGUAGCCAUAAAAUAGCUUAAAGCGCAACACAGAGAAGUCACACGUGCAGGCGAAGAAAUCAAGGUAUCCCAAGGAACGCCAUAAAUAAAACGAUGGCCAGCGAUUCUGGCAGCGACUACGAGGUGGAGGCCUUCAUCAAGCCCAAGCGAGUGCGAAAGACGGUCAACGACGACAGCGCGGAUCUGCUGGGCAACUUUGACGACCAGAAACGCAAGGAGAUCUUCGAGGGCACAUAUGUGGACAAGGAGGACGGCCGGAAUCCCAGCGACCCGGAGGAUAGCGAGGAGGAUGAGGCCAAUUCUGAUGGAGAGGCUGCCGCCAAUGGAGAAACUGCAGCUAAUGGCAGCGCUGCUUCUGGAUCUGAGGCCGAAUCAGAGGAAGCAGCUGAAGAUGGACAUAUAACCAGUGAUCAGCUGACCUCCCUGCUGCGUGGAGCGUCAAAGACAAACAGACACGUCCUCUAUGUGACAAACCUAAACUUUGAGACCACAAAAGAUGACCUUGUGGGCCACUUUUCGGCGGCUGGCGCAGUAAAAACCAUUCGCAUCCCGAAAAAGCGUCGCGGUGGCUUCGCUUUCGUGGAGAUGGCCGACCUGCCCAGCUUCCAGAAAGGCUUUCAGCUGCACAAUACAGAGCUGCAGGGUCGCAAGAUCAAGGUGCAAAUCUCCGAGGCGGGAAAGAAGAAGUCGGCCAACAAAAAGAACAUCAUCAAGCAGAAGAAUCGAAAGCUGGCCGAGAUGCGCAACGAACAGAAGACGUUCACCAAGAGCGGCAAGUUCUACGACAAGGACCUGAAGAAGGAAAAGGCCAAGGAGUUGCUGGCGCGUAAGAGGUGGCGCAAGAAGCCUGCGCCCAGGCCCAACUAAAUAGCUCAAUAAGUCCCUUACACUUUAAAAUGUAAAUGUAAAAGAACCUACUAUUAUUUAACACAAAUUACAAGUUGUUUUCACUGCCA